AUGUUGUUCACUAUAUUUGCAGGCGUGCUAUGUCUCUUGAACAAUGUUGCAGGAGAGCCCUGGCCGUUCGAUGUGACGACAAUCUCUGCUCCUGACGGUUCUAUAACCGCCAGGUUUGUUUCUAUUGGAGCGACUCUGACCGAGCUGUGGGUCAAAGACAAAUUUGGCGAGGCUCGCGACGUGAUUUUGGGAUACGACGACAAUACAAAGCUGUUGACCGACCCCGCUCAUCCGUUUUUCAACCCCAUUGUUGGCCGCUACGCCAAUCGUAUUAAGAACGGUACCUUCUCUAUUCCAAUUACUAAGGACCCACAGCCUCCAGGCCCAGAUGUGUAUCAUACGCCUCUGAAUGAUGCAGACGGUCAGGCCACGCUACACGGAGGCACGAUUGGAUGGGACCGCCGAAAUUGGACUAUUGCCUCAAGAUCGACAAGCAGUGUCACAUACCACCACCCCGAUGCUGCUGACGAAGGUUUUCCAGGGAACGUCUCCGCAUUCGCCACGCAUACGGUAGAGAAUGGUGGUAUUCUGAAGACGACUGUUCAUGCCACGGCGACCCAUUUGACACCAAUAAUGCUCACUCAGCACGUUUACUGGAACCUCGACGCCUUCCAGGGUAGUGAAAAUAUAUUGAAUCACCAUCUACGUGUUGAUGCUUCUCGCGUCGUGGAAGUGGACGGCGACUUCAUCCCAACCGGGAAGUUCGUCAACGUCUCGGACACUCCCUGGGACUUUCGAGAGGCACAGCCAAUAGACUAUCGCUUUGGCGAGGCGGUUGGGCUGUGUGGUCCAGGUUGCAUUGGGUACGACCAUUGUUGGAUAUACGACCAUGAUGAGACCACGCAGCCCGGUCUGUCACUCUGGAGCGAUGUAUCCGGCAUCAGGCUUGACAUCGCGACAAGCAAUCCCGCAACACAGGUGUUCACGGCGUACUGGCUCGGCCUUGAAGGCAUCCCGCGAAAGAAAGUACAUGGUGGGCCUUCGGUCAACUACACUUACUGGGCUGGCGUGGCCAUCGAGCAAGAAGGAUACAUCGACGCUAUUAACACUCCAGAGUGGGGAGUAGAUCAGAUUUAUGGACCCGACAGAGACUACAUCUGGAGCUCUACAUACAAGUUCUCGAUCGUCACAUGA